AUGAAAAAACAAAUGAUCUAUGAAGUUCAAAUGGAAAGUAACUUUACACAAGAAACAGUUCCUCAACCAGUUGAGGAGAACAUCACUGAGCCAAUUCUUAAUGAAGAAUUAGUUAAAGAACAAUCACAGCAAACGGUUGAUGAAACUACUAUAACAACUGAAUUACAUGAUGUUGUUCACAAUUUUGUUCAAGACACUCUAAAGACGGUUGUUACAACUGAAGAGACUUACGCACCAAAGACAGAAGUACUUUCUCUUAAAGAAGAAUUAAAAGUACCCGAAGGAACAACUCAACAAGAAAUAGUUGAGGAAGUUAAGCCAUCGGAUGUCAUUGAAGUGAAAGAAGAAGUCAAAGUCGAAGAAAAGCCAAUUGAAGACAUUAAACAACAAGACGUUAUUGAAGAAUUGCCACCCGUAAAAGAAGAAGUCAUUGAACAAAAUGAACCAAGAUUCCAUUUACCUUCACCCGUCGCUCCGCAAAAGAAAGAAUAUCCCCCUCCCCUCUCCAUCAACCCACUCUCUCUCCAACAAAAUGUACAAAACAAUAAAACUGAAGAUCUCAAAGACCAAAAACAAGACGCAGAAUCCGUCCCUUCAACAUCACCUCCUCUCGACACACAAAAUAAACAACAACAAAACUUCACACAAGUCCUCAGACCAAUUGAAGUCCAAACUACACAACAACUCCAACAAAACAUUCAGUACCAACAAGCACAAGAAGAACCACGCGUCCCAUUUGUCCCUCCAGAAGUUACACAAGUCGAAGCUACAACCAAUCCGUAUGAACCUUUUAGCUCUCCACUUGUAUGCGCUCCAGUCGAACAAAAACAUGAUAAAGAUGGAAAUGUGCUGGGAUGGGAAGACGUUGAAAUUGAUCGCGAUGAAAUGGUUCAGUUAAACAAGAUGUGGAAAGACUUGAAGAAAGACUUGACUAAAGAUCAGCGCAAGAUUAUCAGCGCAUAUAUCAUGUAUAAGGCUGACCAUGUUGCGUACAAAAAGUUGAAGAAGUUCUUAAAGCAAGAAAAGCGCGAGCACGAGGAAGAAGAUCGGAAGAUGGAAAAAGUGAAGAAGACCGACAAACAUGAAAGGAAGUAUUACCAACAAUCUUUCGACAAGAAGGACAAGAAGUGGGAGAAAAAAGAGAUGAAACACUUCUGUAAGUGUAAACCACGAGAAAUGCGAUACCCAUUGAAUACUCAUUACUCCCCAUUGUUUAUGAACCAACAAACACCUCAACCGAUGUUCCAAACAAUUCCAAUCCCUCAACAACAAAGUCAACAAGUCCCACAACAAUUAUCACCACAACCUAAUAUCCCCCCACAACAAGAAGAAAUUCGUAACGAAGUCGAACAAAGUCGAAUUGACGACAACCAACAAGUCCCACAACAAGACAUCACAAAGAUCCAAAAAAUCGAUAGAACACCACUGCAACAACAACAAGUUCAACAACAAAUGAUGACACAAUCGUUGCCUCCUAACUUCAUAUCUAUGCCUUACGUUGUCCAACAACAAAUCGACCCAUUAAGAACACAACAAGUCUUCCAACCAUACAUCCAACAACCAAUUAUCCAACAACCAUUCGUACAACAACCUUACAUUCAACAACCGUUCUUGCAACAACAAUAUAUCCAACCACAACUACAGCAGGUACAACAACCAUUUGUGUUGCAAGGAAUGCCAUUUCCACAGACAAUGAACUACUCAUAA